GACAGCCAUGUUGAUGUGGCCUGCCUGCCUCCACUACCACUAGCGCCUCCCCCAUUUGCUGCGGGCGACGGAGGAUAGCAGCGCGGCGGCACAGCAGCCAGAGGACGGCCAUGGCGGCUUCCACCGCGUCACGCCUCUCGCCCCCUCGCCUCCACGCUGCUCCCAACCACCCGCUCCGGCGCUCGCGCUUCUCCCCUCUGCGCGCCGCCAAGUUGGAGGCUGUGUUAUCUAUUGGAACUCAUGUAAUCCCACACCCAAGAAAGGUUGAGACCGGGGGAGAAGAUGCUUUCUUUGUGGGCGGUGAUGGUGGUGGAGUAUUUGCCAUUGCAGAUGGCGUUUCAGGAUGGGCAGAAAAGAAUGUCAACCCAGCUCUGUUUUCUCGAGAGCUUAUGGCAAACAGCUCUACUUUUAUCAAAGAUGAGGAGGUUAGUCAGGAUCCUCAAAUUCUUCUAAUGAAGGCUCAUGCUGCAACUUCUUCCAUUGGAUCUGCUACAGUAAUCGUCGCGAUGCUUGAGAAGACUGGAACCCUGAAAAUUGCGAGUGUGGGCGACUGUGGUUUGAAAGUUAUUCGAAAAGGCCAAGUGAUGUUCUCUACAUGCCCGCAAGAACAUUACUUUGAUUGUCCAUACCAGCUAAGCUCCGAGGCAAUUGGUCAAACAUCUCAAGAUGCACUGGUUUGCACUGUAAAUCUUAUGGAGGGUGAUAUGAUAGUCAGUGGCUCAGAUGGAUUCUUCGACAAUAUAUUUGAUCAAGAGAUCCUUGCUGUCAUUAAUGAGUCUCCAGGCACAGAUGAAGCUGCAAAAGCUUUAGCGGAGCUCGCGAGAAAACAUUCAGUGGAUGUAACAUUCGAUUCACCCUACUCGAUGGAGGCCCGGAGUAGGGUGCGAAACAAAUACAUCCUCCCUGUUAUCCUGUCACUCUUCACAAGUUUCUUCAGUUCUUUUGCCAAAAAAAUAUAUGAUAUCACACAUUUCAUUCCGGUGACUUACAUGCAGGGUUUUGAUGUUCCUUGGUGGAAGAAGCUACUUGGAGCUAAGCUAGUAGGUGGUAAGAUGGAUGACAUUACGGUCAUUGUCGCGCAAGUGAAGACGGUGGUGAUCCCAGAUGAUGAGGGUAGUGGAAUUGAACUGGAGAAAGUGGGUGGUGAGCAACUCGCUGCUGCUGGAGUUGCAUCCGCUGAACAGAGUGAAUGAAAAGGUUGUAUAUGUUGAAUAGAAAUUCAUUUUCUUUUCCAUUUUGGUCAUGUUGUACUAUACCGCAGUCCAAAGAAAUCGAAGUGAAAUGUACGGGCAUAUUUGCUAGUUGCCAUGAAUUUAAUUUAAGAGAUCUGGUUCAUGAGA